UAUUAUUCUCUUUAUCAUCUGCCAAGCCAGCUACUCCUAGAGAACUAGGCAUUGCCGUUUUUCACUCAUGGCUUCUUUCCCAUUCUACGCCCAACUUUUCCUGAUAUGGGUAGUGUCAGCCAUUCUGGUUCGAGCCCUACUCACCAGAUAUCAGAGCAAGGCUCGUCUUCCACCAGGCCCUCCGUCCCUCCCUCUCAUCGGGCACUUCCACCUUCUUCCGCCGUUACCUCAUCGAGCUCUUCAUAAUCUCUCCGCUCGUUAUGGACCCAUCAUCCAACUUUUCCUUGGCUCUGUUCCUUGUGUUGUUGCUUCCACACCUGAAACCGCCAGAGAGUUCCUUAAAACCCAUGAAUCUUAUUUCUCAAACAGGUUAGCAACCGGUGCCGUCCGCUACUUAUCAUAUGGAUUAAAAGGUUUCAUGUUUGCAGCUUAUGGACCCUACUGGAAGUUCAUGAAGAAGAUAUGCAUGUCCCAGCUUCUGGGUGCCCGCACCCUCGACAUCCUCCAUCCUGUGAGGCGUGAUGAGACCAUGAAGUUUCUGGGUGUUUUGCUCAGAAAAGGGCUGGCGGCCGAAGCCAUUGAUGUUGGCCACGAGCUCAUGACAUUGGCCAAUGGUAUCAUAUCAAGAAUGAUCAUGAGUCGAUCUUCUUCCGGAAACGAUGAUGAAGCCAAAGAAAUUAGGAAGUUGGUGACUGACACGGCAGAGCUCGCGGGGAAGUUCAAUCUAUCUGAUUUUAUUUGGUUGUUAAAGAACAUCAAUUUGCAGGGCCGAUUGAACAAAAGGCUGAAAGAAAUUCGUGAUAGGUUUGACGCUUUGAUGGAGGAGGUGAUAAAGGAGCAUGAAGACGAAAGAAGGAAAAGGAUAGAGCUUGGGGAAGGUGGUCAAAUAAGAGAUUUGCUUGACAUUUUACUGGACAUACAUGAAGAUGAGGCUUCUGAGAUGAAAAUUUCCAUGGAAAACAUCAAGGCUUUCGUCUUGGAUUUGUUCAUGGCCGGAACGGACACUUCUGCCCUAACCACAGAAUGGGCUUUAGCAGAAUUGAUUAAUCACCCUCAUGUGAUGGAGAAAGCAAGACAAGAGAUCGAUUCAGUGGUGGGAACAAGUAGAAUAGUAGAGGAAUCUGACAUAGUCAAAUUACCUUACCUGCAAGCCAUAGUUAAAGAAACUCUAAGGAUUCAUCCGCCGGCGCCAUUGUUAGGAAGAUUAUCAUCUGAAAGCUGCAACGUGGGUGGUUACGACAUUCCAGCAAAAACGUUUCUGAUGGUAAACUUGUGGUCAAUUGGGAGGGACCCCAAGUUCUGGGAGGACCCACUUGGGUUCAGGCCAGAGAGAUUUAUGAACAUGGAAGCAAGUGGGAGGGGGAAUUUGGACGUUAGAGGGCAAAAUUUUGAGCUGAUUCCUUUUGGGAGUGGAAGAAGAAGCUGUCCAGGAGUCUCACUGGCACAAUUAGUAGUGAAAACAAACCUAGCUGCCAUGAUUCAGUGUUUUGAGUGGACAGUGAAUGGAGGCAAUGGAACUGUGGAUAUGGAGGAGAAACCAUCUAUGACCCUUCCAAGGGCUCAUCCCUUGAUGUGUGUCCCUCUGCCACGUCCCCACCUCCUUCCUUUUAUCAUGCAUGUGAUUGAGCAGGCAUAGCAAAAUAUUAUUUAUGUUUCGACCGGUGCUACGGUUGUCACCUAAGACAGACGUAAUUUGUUUGCCAAAAUGAAAAUGGCCAUAUCAAGAGACGGACAUGUUAUAGUUACACAAAUGUAUGCAUUCUCCACAAUUCAAUUAAAUAUUUAUUCUUCCAUUGAGUUUA